AUGCGCCGACUAUGGGAUCAACACAUAAAAGUACUCAAUCAGGCCUACUGUCGGGACUACCCGUUUGUAUCGGGUCUGACCCGAUGCGACACAUUUAAGGGACGUAGUAGUGGUAGUGGUAGUCCCAGUGAUACACGUAUCGGACACUCGGCGGCCGCCAGUGGUUACAGGGAUACGGCCAGCGGUAACGGCUAUAGGGAUACGGCCAGUGGUGGCGGUGGCGGCGGCUAUAGAGAUACGGCCAGUGGUGGCGGUGGCGGCGGCUAUAGAGAUACGGCCAGUGGUGGCGGCUAUAGGGAUACGGCCAGCGGUGGCGGCUAUAGGGAUACGGCCAGCGGUGGUGGCGGCGGUUAUAGAGAUACAGCUAAUCGGGAUAAUAAUUACGGUAAUACUGUCAACCGGGACGGCAAUAAUGGAUACGGAAAUACCGUCAAUCGGGACGGGAAUGGUUACAGGGAUACCGUUAACCGGGACAACGGUUAUAAUGGCUAUAGUGAUACAGUAGAUCGUAGUCAUGCAUUGAAAUUAAUAAGCAAUAUAUUUGCAUUGUCAAUGUCCUAUACUAGCGCCGACUCGGGAAAUGUGCCGAGCAUUCUGUUCCCUAGUCACUUGAGUGACUGGAGAGAGAGAGUUGAGUUCGAGACGCCGAGACGAGAGGACGUGUAUUACCUAUUAUUGUAA